AUGCAGUUCAAAUCACUCACCUCUGCCAUCGCACUCACUCUUGCCGCCACCGCAUUCAGCGGCGCCGCUGCCACUCCUCUCGAGGAUGCCUCACUCGCCUACAAGAUCGCCGGCUGCGGCUCGUCCGGCAGUCAGCUGCCUAGCUACUGCAACGGCGGUGGCACCCAGGGCUGCAAGUGCAGCGGCAUCGGUGUGUACGGCUGCUCCGCGAAGGCGGACACCGACACCUGCAAGUCCAAGGGUUGUGGAUGCCAGAAGGAGAUCAUACAUCGUUUAUCUGUGUAG